AUGAUCGCCACCAAAGUGCUCACUCUGCUGACCAGCGCGUUGCUGGUCCAGGCCGGCUGCUACCGUGGCUACACCUCGCCAUUCUCAUUUGACCUGGGCACGGAAAAACAUGCUGAUUGGAUGGGCGGCAUACCUGAUGACAGCUUUCUCACCUCUCUGUCCAUUCCGGGCACACACGACACGAUGACAUACAGCGUCCGCGACCAAGUCCGGCAGUGCCACAACAGAAAUCUCACCGUGCAGCUCAACUCGGGCGUGCGCUAUCUGGACAUCAGAGGCCGGCUUGCAAACAACCUCAUUGAGAUCUACCAUGCCGAGACUUAUACCGGCUACAACUACGAAUAUGUUCUGGUAGAGGUGUUUAAUUUCCUUGAAAAUCACCCCAGCGAGAUAGUCAUCAUUCGCAUGAAGGAGGAGAGCACAGCCAUCAACUCGACCGUCUCUUACGAGGACGCAUUCCUGUAUUACCUUUGGAACAACACAGCCACGGCAAAGGGUGCGCAAAAGCAUUACUACCUCCUCCCAGAGGGUGAAUCAUACGCACCCAUCCCACGUUUAGGCGAUCUUCGUGGAAAGGUCUUCUUUUUGCAGAACUUUCCUUCGAGCGUGGCAGGCCGCUAUGGAAUCGGCUGGGAAACGUCCGACAUGAUCCUCCAAGACCUCUACGAGAUUGAGAAUGUCGACGCGCUGUGGAAAAAAUGGGAUGCUAUCGAGGCCUCGCUUAUCGAGGCGGCAACCACAGCAGACGAUAACCGAGCCUUGUUCCUGUCACAUCUGAGUGCUUCAGUCGGCGUUUUGCCCAUCGAAGCUGCCGCUGGUCCACUCAACCGCACCGUUGUUGGCAUGAAUGAUGAGACGGGCGAAUGGCUAACCGAGACGGUUAAAGAGGGUCAGGAGCUUAUCGAUGCGGUGCUGGAGCGGAACAGCCAUCUAUCCCGCGCUGUUUAA